AUGAAAACAAGCGCAGUAAUCACACUCCUGCUCGUUGCACUAACCGCAUCAAGUGUUGGUGGUGAGAAUGAAGCAGUGAUUGAUACCAAUGCGAAUCCAGUUAUGGCCAACACUCCAUACCGAGUCAGUACGUUUAUCGCUGCAUUUCCAGAAUAUCUCUCCCGUCAGACAUUCCAUGCUAAUGUCUCGUCAUGCAGAGAACGCGCGGUAUCCACCUUUAAGAAUAUCUUUCCAGGCCGUGGAGAACCAGUUGUGUUUGUAUUACCACCCUCAUCGUCUGGUGACAACGUCGUACGAAUAUCAACGGAGCUCAACAUUAAGUUCACGUAUCCCAGCCGCUGCAAUGAGUCCGGGAUUUGGAGGGUUUCAAGACUCGAAGAUAAGACGUCAUUUGAGACGGUGCUUCAGGACGGAGCAGAGUCAAGAAACGACAGCACGUUCACCGUCAGGAAAACAGUCCGCGGUACGUACAAGUUUUUCUUUGGCAGUAGCGUUGAUCUUGACGAUAACUCAACGGAGAUCAUUGGAGAUCAUAUUUAUGCCAUGAGGCCGGGCAGUGGCGAACCUAGUAAGGACGAUACGGUGUCAAGUGACACCGUAUAA